GGUGAUUACUGGGAAAUAUUUAAGUUUCACUAUUCACUUCUUCAACGAGAGGCUUUUGUUCAAGUCACCUAACUUUGAGUUGUGUUUUCCUUAUUUCCUCAGUGCACUGCAAUCAAAAUGAAAGAAAAUACUUUCCUAUUAUUCUGUAUUCUUUCCAUCAGCUUGUCUGGGUUUAGGGUGGGUGCCAUUGAGGUCGAGGAAGGUUUUGUUCGGCUGGUUGGUGGUCAAGAUAAAUACGAGGGCCGAGUGGAGAUCUUUCAUAAUGGAGUUUGGGGGACUGUCUGCGACGAUGACUGGGACGACGAUGACUGGGACAUAGAUGACGCUCAUGUCGUGUGUCGCCAGCUACAUAUCUCUGGUGCAACACACGUUCCAUCGUUUGGCGACGGACACGGCAACAUCUGGAUGGAUGAUUUACGCUGUAGUGGAACAGAGAUGAGCUUGCUCCAGUGUGCAUUUCCUGGUUGGGGGAAACAUAACUGUGCUCACCCUGAAGAUGCUGGGGUCAGAUGCCAAAAGGAGCCAGAACGACCGAGCGGGGUUAUAAGUCACGAGUUCGAUUUGGACCACAGCGCAGGCCUCUCCCAUCAGCUGGGGGAGCUGUUUGACAGCGGACGUCACUGUGACCUGAACAUUACAGUGGCGGAGCUCAACAACAACACCUUGGAGACAAUCUGUGCGCACAGCCUCAUCCUCUCUAUGCACUCGUUCCUCAACACGUCACAGCCCGACUUCGGCAACCUCCGCAUUGAGGCCGCCUCUGACUGCCGUCGGCACGCCGAGGACUUUGUCAGAUACUUCUACACAAGAAAGAUCAAAGUCACACAAUCUUCCGCCCAUUGCAUACUCAAGAUGGCAUUCGACUGGGGACUGACAGAAGUUCACAAUGAGGCAGAACAUCUUUUCAGACUGUUUCUUCCACAGGAUCUCACUUUCCAGACUCAGAUCUCUUUCUACGAGUAUGCAGUUCAUACAGGUGACGAGGAGCUAAUGGAGGCUUGUCUUCGCUACCUGGCGUGGAACUGCGAGGCCCUGAUCCAUUCCCUGGUCUGGACGGAUCUUGCAUUCGAUCGGGUCAAAGAUCUUCUGUCUCGCUGGGACCUUGUGGUGCAGAAGGAAACCGUCAUCCUGAAUGGACUGGAGAGAUGGGCGGCUGCCCGAGACGAAACAACUAUUCCUGAGAUCCUCCUGAAGCACAUCCGUUUCCCACUGAUACCUGCUGAGGACUUAUACACACUCAACGACUCAAAGUACCGUGACAGCAAGUUGCAGGGGUUUCAGUUCAAUGCCCUCACCUGCGCGACAUUGCUCAAUGACCUGAGGAGAGGACAACAUGUCUACACAUCCAGGAUUUACACUGGCACGCCGUGGAGCUUCACAUUCAGCCACCACAACAUCAAAGCUUACAAGGAUUUUGGUUUCUACAAUCUCCAUGGCCACCGCAUCGGUAGUCUGACAUCUGAUUUCCAAACACCGGUUCAUAACAGUGCCUAUUUUGCUUUGAGCAAAAUGAGCUGGAAAACGAGGUUAUACAUCAGUGAUGCAGAUUGUUUGGGUGAAGGUAUCACGUGUCCUUCUUUGCCAGCUGUGAGUUUGAAGGCCGAGGAAAAGAACAGCGAUUUGGGAUGCAUUCGUUACAGCAACAUGCUUGUUGUUAUGUGCGAAGACAGUUACGUGAUCCACGUUCAGGAAUUUGAUGGUGAGAAUAUUGUAUUUAUUCCAAGCAGCAAAAAACAACUCUAUUCAUGCCACUCAAAGCUGUUCUCCUACCAGGUGGUGGUUCGUCCUUACUACUCAACAGAUUAGUUUCUGUUCCCUCCGGGAUCGAAGGCAAAGAGAAUAGGGACCAGGAUGAUUUACACUCACGGAUGUCCUGUAUGACUUUAACUAUAAAGUGUUUUUCACUAAGCUCACAUAUAAUUCUCUAAAUCUACGACUAUGACAAUUACAUAUAUACAUUUUUUGCCAUUUUUAUAGUCAUAUUUGGUUUUUAUAUAUCAUUUUCAAGUCCUUUUGAAAAUAAGAUUAACAAUGCCAUUAUUCUGCAACAUGACUGUGUUAUUAUAAGUGGUGAAUAAAAGAUUUUAAAGCUCUAAAGAUUUUAAAGCGC